AUGUUUGGAAACAGUGAGCUGAUAUGCUUUCGUCAGAAUGACGAGGACAAGAUUGUCCUAACAAAAGAGUUGCUUCCCAAGUUGGUCAGCUUCUAUCACAAAUCCAUGGCACAUGUCGAAGGCAUGGAUCGUUUAGAACAAACGAUCAAGACACACUUCUACCAUAGAGGUAUUCGCGACGAAGUCCGAAAACAAAUUGAGCAGUGCGAAGCAUGUGCAAAGAACAAACGAGCACGACGUGCUUAUGAAGAAUCUGCUCCACGUGAUGCUACGGCGAUGCCCUGGCAAGAAGUCCAUUGUGACACAAUCGGUCCGUGGACGAUUGAGUUACGACAACGGACAUUGACUUUCAAUGCUAUGACUAUGGUGGAUCCUUGCACAAACUUGUUAGAGAUUGUGCCUAUUAUGCGACGAACGUCGGAAGAAGGUGCUCGAGUGGUCGAAGAUACAUGGUUUGCUCGGUAUCCCCGACCUAAGAAAGUGGUCACGGACAAUGGUCCUGAGUUCAAACUGGAGUUCAUUGCGAUGGUUAAAAAGAAUGGUGCUGUGCAUCGCUACUCGACCCCUCGUAAUCCACAAGACAUCUUGGCCGUGCAACGACACCGUCAAUCCUUGGUUGACAAACGUUUGCUACGGGCCAAUGCUAAACGCAUUUCCUAUGACUACGCGGUCGAUGACCUGGUCUACAAGCGUGCGUAUCUCGGUCUCAGUGAUAAGUUGAGCCUACGGCUUCUGGUCCCUAUCGUGUUUCCCGCGUUCAUACCAACGGCAACAUAA